GCAUGCAGGAAUCUCCAGGUGCGAUGGGAAUAGAUGGCAGCUAUGCCAGCAAUGUUCCAGCCUUUCUCACCAAACUCUGGACCCUGGUCGAGGACCCGGACACCAACCACCUGAUCUGCUGGAGUGCUGCAGGAACUAGUUUCCAUGUGUUUGACCAGGGACGAUUCGCCAAGGAGGUUCUACCAAAGUACUUUAAACACAAUAAUAUGGCAAGCUUUGUCCGGCAGCUCAACAUGUAUGGUUUCCGUAAAGUUGUGAACAUCGAGCAGAGCGGCCUGGUGAAACCUGAGCGAGACGACACAGAGUUCCAGCAUGUUUAUUUCCUCCAGGGAAACGAACAUCUGCUGGAACACAUUAAGAGGAAGGUGUCCAUUGUAAAGAAUGAGGGGACUAAAGUCCGUCAGGAGGAUCUCAGUAAACUGAUGUAUGAAGUUCAGCUUCUCCGAACCCAACAGGACAACAUGGAGUGUCAGAUGCAGGACAUGAAACAGCAGAAUGAAGUUCUUUGGAGAGAGGUGGUGUCACUACGACAGAAUCACACUCAGCAGCAGAACGUCAUGAACAAGCUGAUUCACUUUCUGUUCAGCCAGAUGCAGCCGAACGCGGCCGGCACUGUGGGCCUAAAGAGAAAGCUGUCCCUUAUGUUGGUUGAUGGUUCUUCCAGUCCUCCUGCCUCCAAAUUCAGCCACAGUCACCCGAUGGAACCCCUCCACGAGCCCUUCUUCAUUCAGUCGCCAUCCAAUGAGAGUGCUUCCUGCUCCUCCAGUGGCCUGACAGGAGGCCCAAUCAUAUCAGAUGUUACUGAUUUAACACAGGCCAAUAUGGUGCUCCAGAUGCAUCCUGAUGACACCAGAGAGAAGUGCAUGACGCUCAUCAAAGAGGAGCCUGUGAGUCCAGGAAUGAAAGGAGGAGGAGCAAAAGGAGGCAGCGUGAGAGGAGGAGAAGCUGUUGGGAUGACAUCCGCCUGUGAGGUGUGCUCCUCAGAACCCCCUGUUCUCCCAGUUGCGAUGGUCCAAUCUGUUCUUGAGGGGCGGGGCUCUACAGUGGAGAGAAGGAGUAAGAGACCUGCACUGGAACGAGUGGAGGCGUGCGAUGCUGUAGAAAACAUGGAUAUGAGUCUGGAAGAGCUGCAGCAGCUGCUUCUAAGGAGCCAUCAGCACAGCAGUGUGGAAGCAGGCAACAGGGCCGUGAUAGAUCCCUUCACUUUAAGCCUGCCCCUGCCUGAGUGGAAUUUCACAGAAAUUGAGUCAAAUCUCAAAUCAUACAUGUUCCAGAACCAGGACACGGAGGCCUUUCCAGCUAUGAGCUGUGAGGAGCAGUGACUGAUCAGUCAGAAACUGGGAACUGUCCAUUCUGAAGUGGAAGGUCACGAAACCUGCUGUUUGCUUCACCACGACUGUCAGGCUGAGAAACCUUUCCUCCAUCACAUCCUCAUACCUGAGAAAAAGAAGCAGUAAAAAUGCCCAUUUUGGGUAUAAGUUUUCCAACAGCGGUUACAUUUCCUGGCAAUGCUGACACUGUUAUUUUUGACCAUGUAGCCAGCUGGAGAUUGCGCAUGGUGCAUUGUAGGGCGCUGGCCGCA